CGAAACGUUAACGCGGGAAUCUUCUGAAACGCGAGUGUGUGUAUGUUUGGUACAACUGAAAGAAGAUUAUUCGAUCUGGUUCCUUACGUUUCCAGUCCUGGUUGUGGAAAAGUCUCUGGCCUGUAUUUGCCAAUAGUAGCUGAAGAUGAUGCGCAAAAAGAAAAGAUCAUCAACUGUUUCAGUCGAUGAAGAUGCGGCCUCACUGAAUUUGCCCAAAGCAAAGAAAAGCAAGUCAACUGGACGGCCAGCCAAAUCCCUUUCUGCUGGAGUUCCUGAUUCUGUUUUUGGUCACAUGCUACGUGAAUCAGGUGUCUUAUUGAGACAAGGCAACGUGGCCAAUGAGAUCGCCGUGGAUCAAGUUGUGUUUCAGAAGAGGCUACAGCAGCAGCUCAGAAAGAAUUCCAGAUAUCCCAGUAUCAUUCAGGAGUUUAUAUCUGGCUUGGAGUCACACAUUGAAGACCCUGAGCGAUUGAGGAACUGCCUGCUUCCAUGUGUGCCACGUUCUGCAGGAGAGGGGGACGCCAGUUCAAGCUCGUUUCUGGAGAGUCUGGUGCGGAUGCUUUUGGGUGUUGAGAUGCUACAGACCCUGGUCAUAAAUACUUUGUUUGAGAAACUCCCAGAGUUCAUGUUUGAUGGUGUUGGAGAGGAUGGUCUGAAUAUUCCACGUCUCAUCAUAAAUCAGCUGAAGUGGCUUGAUCGAGUUGUGGAUUGCAAGGAUUUAGGAAGUAAGCUGAUGCAGCUCGUGUCCGUAGCUCCUAUUGAGAUCCAGCAUGACAUCAUCACCAGUUUACCUGAAAUACUGGAGGAUUCGCAGCAUGGAGACAUGGCCAGGGAGCUAAAUACCUUACUCCAGCAGAACACUCAGCUGACUGUACCCAUCCUGGACGCCCUGUCCAGCCUCAGCCUCAGCUAUGCAUUACUGUCUGAGGUCCGUGGUGCUGUCAUGGCGACGGUCGCCGCAGUGCAGCUGGAGGAUCUCCCUGUCGUAGUGAAGUUCAUCUUACACUCCAUCUCUUCUUCUGACGCUAAUGAGGUGGUGUGUGAUUUGAGAAGGAAGCUGGAUUUGGAGCAGUGUCUGGUGUCGUCAGUGCUACAGGGUUCUCAGAGUCGUGAAAAGAACAAAAAGGACAGUGGGUCCUUAAAUGUCCAGUCCUGCAGCAGUAAAGACAACGUGGCUCUGGUCCUGGAGGCUAUUAAAUCAGCUGUGCGUUUUCAGAAGACGAUCUGUGAAGCAUGGCUCAAGGCUAUAGAGAGUGUCACCGAGCUAGAAGAUCACAAGGUGGUUGAUGUUUUGGUUUUGCUCAUUGUCCACUCCACUAACGCUAACCAGAGUCGACGUGGAGCAGAGAGAGUGCUAAAGGCUAAAGUGCGCAGUGGCCUCAUUCAGGAAGCAUUACUGAAUAAGACCUUUAGGGGCUACGCUCAGGUGAUGCGUGGCUAUUUUCCCAGCAUCCUUUCAUUGGCGCAGGUGCUACUGCGUUCUACCGACUCCUGUGUGGUGCCCUUUGGAGGACACAUGUACAAACAGGCCUUCACUGCCUUUGACUCCUACUGCCAACAGGAAGUAGUGGGCUCCUUGGUCACACACGUAUGCAGUGGAGUGAGUGGAGAGGUGGACGUUGCUCUGGAGCUGCUGUGUGACCUGGUAUCCCAGAAGCCCACAGAGAUGGCGCAGUACGCUGUCUUUGUAAAGGGAAUUCUGGACUACAUGGACAACUUAAGUCCUCAGCAGAUCCGCCGUCUUUUCCACGUGCUCAGCUGCUUGGCAUUUGGACAAGACCAACAUGGCAGCCAUAUUCAGGACGACAUGCACAUAGUGAUCCGAAAGCAGUUGUCCAGUACAGUGCUUAAGUACAAACGCAUCGGCAUCAUCGGUGCUGUUAUGAUGGUGGGGAGUAUGGCAGCACGAAGAGACAGAUCAGAAGGCUCUCAGGGAGGUACACUGCCCAAAGACACACAUCGGCAGGUGACGGCACUACUGGAGUUGGUGCAGUCGUGCAGUGAAGGCUCAGCUGAGGCUGCUGCUUUAUAUUAUGAUGAGCUGGCCAACCUGCUGCACAACCACCGACUCGAUCCCCUGGUGCAGGCUUGGAUUGGCAAGAGUGUGCUGGAGGAUUUUCAGGAGGACUUUGUCGUGGACCUUGGACCAGAGAUCUCUGGCUCAUUUCCAUUCACUGCCUCAGCUUCGUACAAUCUGGAUGAAGAUGAAAGUCAGGGAGGAAUCGCCAUUAACCUGCUGCCUCUAAUGGCUAAGGAGCUGCAGUACAAAGCAGACAGCAAGAGAGAUGGCAGGCAUGUAUCUCCCCUGUGUCUCUCCUCAUUCUUCAGACUGCUGAGACUGUGUGAAGAGGAGCAGCACCAGGGGGAUCUGGAGGAGAUAGAUGCACUCCUAGGCUGUCCUCUGAUCCUGACUGAUAUGGAGGUGGUAGAGAAGAUAGACAGUCUGUCCAAGGCCGAGCGAGAGUUCCUCUGUUCUCUGCUCUUCUACACCAUCAACUGGUUCAGAGAGGUAGUAAAUGCAUUUUGCAAGCUGAAAGACCCUGAGAUGAAGAUGAAAGUUGUAACUCGUCUUCAGAACAUCACUUACCUGCAGACUCUGUUGGAGACAUGCUUGGCAGCCAGCCCUGGAUUCGUCCCUCCUCUGGCUAACUUUGACUAUGAGAGUGGAGAUGUUUCUGCUCCUGCUCCAUCUGUUGCUCCUGCCAAGAAAGCAAGGAAAGAGUCCACAGGGAAGAAGAGGAAAGCGUCGUCCAGUAAGAGCUCUUCAACAGAUGCCUCGCAAUUGGAUGAGGUUGCGGAGGCUGAUGAACCUCAGGCACAGGAUCACCCGGAGAAGGAGGUCAAAGUGGGGGUGAGUCUGUCCUCGUACAGGCCGUACUUUAGGGAGUUGGACAUGGCGGUCCUGAACAUUCUGCAGUGUGGUCUUCUCUCCAGAUCAAUGCUGGACACUGAGCUCCAUACCAAGGUGAGAGAGGAGGUACAGCUGGGUCCUGCCGAGUUAGUGUUUCUCCUGGAGGACAUGUGGCGUAAACUGGAUUUUAGUCUGGCUGCUUCUCCAGCCAAGAGAGCGCCGUUUCUCAAAGUGAAGGCAGACAGGGCAGUGGGCUUCUCUCACCUGCAGCAGAAAAGCCCCAAAGAUGUGGCUACCUGCUGUUUGGAACUGCUAGCAACAUUGUGCACACACCUGGAGAACUGCCACAACCACUUUCAGACCCUCCUGAAUGAAAACCAAGGAGUGGUGGAUGCUCUAGGUGUGGAUAUGAAUGUACAGCAGCUUAUGUGCUCGGCUUAUCAGCUCCUGCUGCAGGUCUUACACACAGCAUUUAGCUGGUCUGGCUUCUCCCAGCUGGAACAUCGGCAGCUGUUAAAGAGUGCUCUUUGUGUGCUUGCCGGCCGACUGAAGGAGAAAGAUACAGACCUAACCCUGGAGCAGCUUAUAAAGCACAGUUUUGAGUACCUGCUGAAUUUCCGGAGCACGGUUCCCAGCCUAAGCACGGCUCUGAUCCUGACGCAGCUGCUUAUCGUGCUCAGUCAGUAUGGACGAUCCGGCCAGAGCUUCUACAGAGAACACAUCGUGUCAGUUUCUAAGCAUUUCCUGUGCCAGGAGUGGGUGACAGGAGGUGGAACGAGGGAACGUGGGAACAAAUACAACGAUGCACUCCAGACCCUCCUCAGUAUUUAUUUAGGACAUGCUGAUGAUGUGUUGAAAGCAGUGGAAGAGAUAACAGAAAAUGGGAUCUCAGAGCUGAUAGAUGCUGCUAAAGAUGCCAGCUCUCGCACUUGGCGCACGCUUAACAGGCAGACUUUCCUGGUGUACUAUAAAACUAUGAUGGCAGAGCUAGAGAAGUGUAUACGAAAGAUACCUCCUGGAAAACAGACGGACAGUAGAGAGGUUCAGAGUGAGAAACUUCUUAUUUGGAAUCUGGCUGUCCGAGACUUCCAUAUUCUCAUCAACAUGGUCAAGGUUUUUGACAGCAGACCUGUGCUUAUUGUUUGUCUAAAGUAUGGCCGGCUUUUUCUCGAAUGUUUCCUUAAACUUGGAAUGCCUCUCCUUGACUACAGUUUUAAAAAACACAAGGAGGAUGUGCAGAGUUUACUGAGGACGUUUCAGCUCAGCACCAGGCAGCUCCAUCACAUGUGUGGACACUCAAAGAUUCGGCAGGACACAUCCCUGACAAACCACGUGCCAGCUCUGAAGAAGCACCUUGAGCAGUUUGUGUAUCGUGUUAAGGCAAUGCUCACGCUUAACCAGUGCCAGGAGGCUUUCUGGCUGGGCGUUCUGAAAAACAGGGAUCUGAAGGGUGAAGAGAUUCUCUCACAACGCUCACAAGGAAGUGAUGAGGAAGAUGAAGAGUCGUCUCAGGUACAGGAGGAGAACGAGGACGAGGAAAGUGAUGCCGAAGGAAAGGAAAAUGGGCACCAGGAUGAAGAGGAGGAGGAGGACUCGGAUGUGUCAGACUGAUCACGCGGCAGAGGACAACACUCUAUCACUUUAUAUUCAUUUCAAAUCAACCUUACUUUCAAAGAGUAAGCUUAAGCUCUGUUCAAUUCAGUAUCCAAUUAUUUAGAUUUUCAUCUUGAAAUUGUUUCAAAUAGAAGGAUAACGGACAUUUGGGUUAAAAUCUGAAGACCAUUCACCAAUACUGUAAA